CUCGGUGUGAGGUGGGAGGGCUUGUGGCAUUGGCAGUGAAGUGGCCGCUCUGAGGUAAUGGCUGCGGCUCGGGUGUCUCGGUGCGGGCUGUGUCUGCUGUUGGCGGCGGUGCUGUGUGCGGUACAUUAUGCCGGGGCUGUGGAAAUCUACGCACCUAACGAAUUAUUCGCUGAGAACGGUACAUACGUGAAGCUGCCUUGUACUUUCAAGUCUACAGAAGUGACGGGCAGCACGACAUCCGUCACGUGGAUGUUCACAGAAGAAGGCGCCAGUACGGCCGGUGUCGUGAUUUUCUAUUACAUCAAUGGGAAGAAGUACCCCGGGCAGGAGCCGCGCUUCAAAGAUCGGGUCACCUGGGUGGGAGACAUCAAUAAUAGGGACGUUUCCAUCAAGCUAGACAAGAUUACUUUUAAGGACAAUGGGACCUACAGUUGUAAUGUUUUAAAUCCUCCAGAUAUUAUGAGUACCCCCAAGCAGAUAAAGCUGCGGGUGGUGGAGAAAGAUAAUCUGCCAGCGUCUAACGUACCCUUCUUGGUUGGUAUAAUUUGCGCAGUCAUCGGAGGUAUCCUUGUCAUCGCUAUCAUUGUGUUUGCAGUGGUUAUCAUCAAAAAGGAAGAGGGUCUAGAAAGAAAUUACACAGGGUCGGGCUGCGGCGACGGCGGCCAGACAGAAAGCUUGAUGUCCCCCGUUAAGCAGCCGCCAAGCAGGUCUCCCUCUGGUACUGAGGCCUUGGUAACCGGCGCCCCCUCUGGAACCAUGCAGGGGCCAGUAAUAUACGCUCAGCUGGAUCACUCGGGGAAGCCCGGCAGCCAGAUCAACAAAUCCGAAACAGUGGUCUACGCCGACAUCCGGAAAAACUGCUGAUUUAUUUUUUUUUUCUCCCUUGGACAUAUAGAUGUAUAUUCCAUAAGCAACAUUUUUUUUUAUCUUUUGUUUUGUUUUUUUGUUUUUUUUGCUCCAUGAGACUUUACGCGACACAGAACGAUUGUCACUCACACUCGGUGUGUGCGCGCGCCGCCCCCGGGACCAAUGCAUGUGACUGUAGAGAUGUGUAUUGUAUAUGUAACGUUACAGCAGGGUCUAUGGCGGAGCAAAAGGUUCACGGGACCCUCGAAUGUACAGCCACGGUUCCAGGUGCCUUCACCUACGUCACGUGUGGACCCUGCAGAAGUGAGGUAUUUGUGCCCGCUGGUGUUUUUGUCGGGUUUAUACACAUAUCAUACAGUUUUUUUUUGUUUGUUUUUUGUUAGUUUUUUGGCUUAACCCUGCGGAUUAUUCUCCAUCCAGCAUGAACGCCACACAUAUCCAUGUAUAAUGUAUAUAUAAAUAUGGAGGCUCCCCCCCCCUCCCCCUCCCCCUUCACCUUUUUACUAGACACAUUCCUGCAGUGGGGGCCUGAUAGUCUGUAUUCCAGGUGCUUUACCUUUUUAUUUGGCGUCUUCGAAUAAGAUGGCCGCCGAGGUCAUAUAGCAGAGGUUGUUUCGUAGGUAUAUACUAUCCUUGUGCUGUAUAAUGCGCUUGCAGGUGUAGCGGAGCAGAGUGAGCGCGUCGUGUGUGGUUCUCUAUAAGAUUGCAGGUUGAGCUAUCCUGUUGCAUUCUCACAAGACUCUUCUCUGUCGUAUCGUUCCUCUGUUAUCCCUCCUGGAAUGACGUAACUAAAUUGACAACAAGGCAUUAAAGGGGUAUUCCAGGCAAAAAGUUUUAUACAU